AUGCGAACAAAACAGUGUCUCAACUGUACGGGUUAUCUUUCACUCUGUAUGUCAAUUCUUCUAACUAUCAUCUAUCUAUCUAUCUAUCUAUCUAUCUAUCUAUCUAUCUAUCGAAUCUAUCUAUCAUCUAUCUAUCUAUCAUCUAUCUACCAUCUAUCCAUCUAUCUAUCAGUCAUCUAUCUAUCUAUCUAUCUAUUCUAUCAUCUAUCUAUCAUCUAUCUACUAUCAAUCAUCUGUCAUCUAUCGAUCUACCUAUCUAUCUAUCUAUCUAUCUAUCUAACAUCUAUCUAUCAUCUAUCACCUAUCUAUCUAUCAUCUAUCUGUCUAUCUAUCUAUCUAUCUAUCUAUCUAUCUAUCUAUCUAUCUAUCUAUCUAUCUAUCUAUCUAUCUAUCUAUCUAUCUAUCUAUCUAUCUAUCUAUCUAUCUAUCUAUCUAUCUAUCUAUCUAUCUAUCUAUCUAUCUAUCUAUCUAUCUAUCUAUCAUCUAUCUAUCUAUCUAUCUAUCAUCUAUCAGCUAUCUAUUAUCUAUCUAUCAUCUAUCUAUCAUCUAUCAUAUAUCAUAUAUCUAUAUCUAUCUACCAUCUAUUAUUCAUCUAUCUAUCAUCUAAAUUCAGCUUGUGGCUACAUCUUAGUGGUCGAGCACUGCUCAACAUGUAGAGGAUUCCAGGCCCUCAGCAGUGCACAACAGGAGGAGCAAGAGGAGCGAGAGAAGCAAGAGAGAUGA